AUGCCUUCUGCUGCACGUUCGAAACACCCCGUCCCUCCCAGGACCACUCCCGGUCGUGGCGGGGCUCGUGAGUCCUCCCCAUCCUCCUCGAGAUCAUCAUCCCCUUCUUCCGAUGAGUCGGGCAACGAAUCCGAUCGACUCGACAGCCCCGAGCCUCGGAAACGGAGGCGGACCGAAGUAGAUGUUGAGGUCGAUUCCGACGAGGAGGCUCCCGUCCCAGCCUCAGCACAACCCAUCUUCCAAGCCCCAUCGAGAAUAAAGGCCAAGCCCAAGGGAGCGACGGCCUCGGGAGCUUCUGCGGCUAGCAACCUGCCCCCUUCUGAGCAGGGUUCUUCGUCCUCAAGUGCAAACCCCAUACUAGCACCUGUCGAUCCAAACACCACCUUCGAAACCCUCAAAGUCAAGCCAUGGUUAGUCCAGUCGCUGGCCAACAUGGCCAUCAACAGGCCGACUGGCAUCCAAAAAGGGUGCAUACCGGAAAUUCUCAAGGGCCGUGACUGUAUCGGAGGCAGCAGGACUGGUUCCGGUAAAACCGUAGCAUUCGCCGUUCCAAUCCUGCAAAAAUGGGCGGAAGAUCCGUCCGGCAUCUUCGCGGUCGUGCUCACACCAACCCGUGAGUUGGCCUUGCAGAUUUUUGAGCAGUUCAACGCCAUUUCCUCGCCCCGACUUCUCAAGGCCAUCCUCGUAACCGGUGGCGCGGACAUGCGGGCCCAAGCAAUUGCCCUCGGGGAGCGGCCUCACGUUGUCAUCGCCACUCCCGGACGCCUGGCCGACCACAUCCGAACAUCGGGUGACGAUACCAUCUGCGGGCUUCGAAGGGUCAAGUACGUCGUACUUGACGAAGCGGAUAGGCUCCUGGACGGGUCCGGCCACGGGAGCAUGGUGCCUGAUGUGGAAGAAUGCUUCUCGGUUCUACCGCCGCCGACAGAGAGGCAGACUCUCCUCUUCACCGCCACCAUGACAUCUGAGGUCCUGGCACUCAAGAACAUGCCAGCUAAGCCGGGCAAGGAAUCUGCAUUUGUAUGCGAAGUUGAUACCUCGGUGCUUGCCAUCCCGGCGACGCUACAGCAAAUGCAUAUCAAGGUUCCCGUCACGCAUCGUGAACACUACCUGCACACCUUCCUGUCGACGGAAGGAAACGUCGAGAAGACAGUCAUCAUCUUCUGCAACAGAACAUCCACGGCAGAUUUCUUGCACCAUUUACUCCGGCUCCUCGAACAUCGAGUAACCUCGCUACACUCUAAGCUACCGCAACGUCAGCGAACAGACAAUCUUGGGCGCUUUAGGGCUUCGGCGGCCCGGAUCCUCGUCGCGACCGAUGUCGCUGCCCGAGGUCUCGAUAUCCCCGAAGUCAGCUUAGUCAUUAACUACGACGUACCACGCGAUCCGGAUGACUACAUUCAUCGCGUGGGUCGAACCGCCCGUGCUGGAAGAGCCGGCCAGGCCGUAACCUUUGUUGGCCAGAGAGACGUAGAGCUGGUCCUGGCGAUCGAGGAUCGCGUGGGACGCCAGAUGGAGGCGUGGGAGGAGGAAGGGGUCAAUCUAGAAAGCAGGGUUAUCCGCGACGCGCUCAAACUUGUCAGCGAGAAAAAGAGGGAGGCUCUAUUGGAGGUGGAAGAGGGCCGGGAGGUCGGAGGUAAGAGGAAACGCGGCAAGGAGAAGCUUCGUGUCAAAGGAUGA